CAGUAACUACAAGAUAUUUGACAUCUACUUUGUUUUAUUUCACAGCUUGUCGAUUUUCUAAAUCAGUCAUGCAGCUGUGUGGAGUUUGCAGCGAACAUGUUCCUAAAUACAGAUGUCCAGCCUGCAGAAUCAGAUAUUGUUCAGUGAGUUGUUUUAAAAGACACAAAGAUGAUGAUUCAUGUCACCCAACUAAAGAAUCAGAUCCGGUCUCCAGCAGUCAAACACCAGUGACGGUGAGCAGCGCUGAACAGCCGUGGAUUGUUGAGGAUCUGCUUGAUGAAGACAGUCACACUGACAAAGUGCCAUUACAGAAACUUCAGCAGCUCGGAGACUCGGAGGCGCUGAAGGGUCUGUUGAGGAAUCCUCAUCUCCGGCAGUUAAUGAUGUCGGUGGACUCGGCUGAAAAUAAAGCCAAAGCCAUGAAAGACGCCAUGCAGGAGCCGCUGUUCGUGGAGCUCGCUGAUCAGUGCUUAAAAAUCAUUGAACCUACAGAAACAGAGAAUGACGACGAUGACGAAUACUGAUUUUAUUGAACUGCCACAUAUGGACGGAUUCCUAAUGAACACAGACUGAAACACGUGCAUCAGAUCAGUCCAGCACUGACUGCGCUUGGGUUUUGUGCACAAAUGUUGAUGUAAUAAUGUACUAAACAAGCAUCUUUUGAAUACAAACAAUCUAUUGUUGGAGUAAUGACGGCAUUCACAAAACUCUGUUCUUCAGAGGUUUAAACAGAAACAACUGAGUAAUUUAGACUCAUGUCUGGCAAAUAAACUAAAAUAGCUCUCGUUUA